AAUUAGAGCCACCCUGAGAAAACAGAUCUGCAAUUUCUGAGCUGAGAUGAGUUAGUUUUGUCUGUAUGGAUGAUGCUGGAGGAGGAGGAGGAGGAUGAGAGGGGUGUGUGUGUGUGUGUGUGUGCGUGUGGGACCGAGUCUCCGGGAUGUAUAGAGGAGUCACGACGCACGACGCGACGCAGUUCGUCAUGACCUGAAGUGAAUCACGAUGGGAUUUCUGUAGUGACGUGAAAUUUAGGUUAGAUGCAAUUAGUCAUGGCUCCUGUGCUGCAGCUCUGCACAGCUGCGCGCUGAAAUCACUUUUUAACACGUUUUUUUUUAGCUGCUUAUUUCUUUUUUCUUUAUUUUUAUUUGGAGAAUUUUUUCCCCCCCACAUCCAAACGCACCUGAACUUCCUUCUUCUCUUGCACUGAGGUGAGGAGCUUUUGCUUUUGCUCGGAGUGCGUCGGUGAAGUCAGACCAGCGGAUUUGUGCGGGGAGACGCCGGCUGCACCUGUGGACGCCUGCAGAAGAAGAGAAAUCUCCGUGGACGCGUGUUUCUUUCUUUUUUCCUUUUUCUUUUUUCUUUUUCUUUUUUUUUUUUGAUCCAGGCUUCCCGCGUCUGUCGGAUGCACGCUUGGAUUUGCAGCAGUUUGCACAGAGGUCUGGUCAGAUUCAGCACCGCAUCAGCUUUGAACAGCUCCGGGUCGUCGCGUGUGGAUGGGCUCUGUCGGUCUCCGUGUCUCCUGCAGCUCCUAACUACCGGCAACAAUGGCAUCACACGGUUUCUGGUCUCUUGGCGGAGAUAAUACCGGGGCCAAUACCGGGAGUCAAAGCCCCAGUACGCCCAGGGCUUGGUGCCAAGCGGCGGCCCAGAAAUUUUCCGGAGGGAUUGGAUCGAAAUUAUGUGCGCUGCUCAAUGUCGGGGAAGUGGAGAAACCCGCGGAUCCGGCCGCCAAACAGCCGCCACAGACAGAAGCUGCAGGCACCUGCGGCUGCAACAAAUCCUGCAACUGCACCAAAGGUGCUGUGGUCUUCUCCGACCUCUAUUCAACAGACCUGUUACCUGCCAUGGACGGUGACACCAAAACAAUGACCUUCCUGCAGGAAGUUGUGGAUAUUUUACUGGCUUACAUCGUGGAGUCUUUCGACCGGGACACGAAAGUGAUUGAUUUUCAUUAUCCCAACGAGCUGCUGCAGAUGAACAACUGGGAGCUGCAGGAGGAGCCGGCGACUCUGGAUGAUAUCUUGAUCAGCUGCCGGGCUACUCUCAAAUACGCCAUCAAAACAGCUCACCCCAGGUACUUCAAUCAGCUCUCCACAGGAUUAGACAUGGUCGGACUGGCAGCCGAUUGGCUGACAUCCACUGCCAACACCAACAUGUUCACCUACGAGGUGGCUCCCGUCUUUGUGCUGCUGGAAUACGUCAGUCUGAAGAAGAUGAGGGAGAUCAUCGGCUGGCCGGACGGGCGAGGAGAUGGCAUUUUCUCUCCUGGUGGUGCUAUUUCUAACAUGUAUGCCAUGCUGCUGGCCCGCUUCAAGAUGUUCCCUGAAGUGAAGGAGAAAGGAAUGUCAUCCGUUCCCAGACUGGUGGCCUUCACAUCCGAACAUAGCCAUUUUUCAAUCAAAAAAGGAGCGGCAGCUCUCGGCAUCGGGACAGAAAGUGUGAUCUGCAUCAAAGCGGAUGAAAGCGGCAAAAUGAUCCCAGCUGACCUUGAGAGGAGAAUACUGGAGGCCAAACAGAAGGGUUUCGUACCUUUCUUCGUGAGCGCGACAGCUGGAACAACCGUGUACGGAGCCUUUGACCCUCUCAUCGCCAUUUCAGACAUCUGCAAAAAGUACAACAUCUGGAUGCACGUGGACGGAGCGUGGGGAGGAAGUCUCCUCAUGUCCAGGAGACACAGGUGGAAGCUGGACGGAGUCGAGAGAGCUAAUUCAGUAACAUGGAACCCGCACAAGAUGAUGUCCGUCCCUCUGCAGUGUUCAGCCCUGCUGGUCAGAGAGGAGGGUCUGAUGCAGAACUGCAACCAGAUGCACGCCUGCUACCUCUUCCAGCAGGACAAGCACUACGACCUGUCCUACGACACCGGAGACAAAGCGCUGCAGUGUGGACGACACGUGGACAUCUUCAAGCUGUGGCUCAUGUGGAGAGCUAAGGGCACCAUUGGGUUCGAGGCUCAGAUUGACAAGUGUCUGGAGCUGUCAGAGUACCUCUACAACAAGAUCAAAGACCGAGAAGGCUACGAGAUGGUCUUUGAUGGGAAGCCUCAGCACACCAACGUCUGCUUCUGGUACCUCCCUCCUGGGAUCCGCUACAUGGAGGACAAAGAGGAGAGGAAGAAACACUUGCACAAGGUGGCUCCGGUGAUUAAGGCCAGGAUGAUGGAGUAUGGCACAACCAUGGUCAGCUACCAACCACAGGGGGACAAGGUCAACUUUUUCCGCAUGGUGAUCUCGAAUCCCGCUGCUACCUUCGAGGACAUCGACUUUCUUAUUGAGGAGAUUGAGCGACUGGGCCAAGAUCUAUAAGACUCAUCUGACCAAAUCCUCCUGUACUUUUCCCCCUUGACGGAUGAAUUGUUUGUCGUGAAUGUACUGGUAAACUUUUAUUUUCUCUCUCUCUCUCUCUCUUUCCUCCAAAGUCAAAUAUUUAAGAGUAUAUUUGAAGAAAAAAAAAAGAAGAUAUAUCCAUAUAUUAUGUAUUGUAGCUUUGCCGUGGGCUAACUUGGUCCAAAGCUAUGUAAAAGUGCUUCUGUCUGCCUUUUCCUAUAGUGUAGUAGAUCCCAGAGUAGUGCAAGUGACGUAACUUUACAUGUACUUUUUGUGAAAUGAAACGCUUGUGCAAUAGGGUCGAUGAGGAAGAGUUUAUUUUUCAAUCAUUUCUCACGCCGAGUAUGUUGUUAAGUGCCAAACGUGGUCGUGUUCUGUUGUAAACUUUACAUUUUAAAACUUAAACAACGACAAAAAAAGCACUUCACCUUACCUCAGCUUAAUCAACUGCCUUUACAUCUGCGCACCUGAAGCAGUGAUUCUGGCCAACAUCGUCUAAACAAGUAUCCCAACCACACAGCAGGCCAUCGUAGAAAUAAGGAAGAAAUAUACAGAUAUAUAUAUUAAACAUUCACGAAGGCGCGUUGGUCCAUCAUUAACAGCUUACGAUGCUAAUUUAAUGUCGUUGCUUCUUGACACUUUCUACUCUUUUUACACACACACACUUCUUUCUAUUGUGUAUUUAAGGUGGUGAAGGCUUCCAUUUCCAAACCGGACUGUAUAUUUAGCUGUGCUGAGUGUGCUUUACAUGUUAUAGUGAUGAAUAACCAACAUUUCACAGGUGACGUAAAGUUGUAAUCCUUAAAGUUGUCUUCGUGUCAGACCCAUUGAAAGUAUUUUGUAGUCCAAGAAGGUUAAAUCUGGGAAGGUUAAAGAUGUUUCACAGAGUCCAGAUUUAACCUUCUUGAAGAAAGAUGACCUGAAAACCUUCACAGACUCGUUUAUAUUAGCUUUAAUUGUUAUUGGCGGACCCAGCCACAGGCAAUUAAAGCUAAUAUAAAUUAAGAAUCUCAAUUUUUCUCCCUAAGUUUCUCAUUUUUGCUACGAUUCAAUGGUCAUUAAAAGUAUUUUGCUGUUUUUAAUCUAUAUUAGCUUUAAUUGAUAGUGGCAGGGUCCGCCGCUCUCACUUGGAAGUUCAAAUUGCAUCAACCAACACAGAGAGAAUGCACAGGAAGCAAUGCAUACAUAUAUUAUAUUUUGUUUGACCUAAUGAAUCAAAUUCUGAUAAUCUGAAGCAUCAUGUGGUUGUGGCACUUUAAAACACGUAUUAAUUAUGUUAAAUUUAAUUAAUCAGCUUGUUUUUGGUAGUGAUUUGUAGGAGGUAAGGCUGGAUUACCAAGUGGGCAAAACUGCCAAAGGGCCCCUGACUUUGAGGGUUCACAAAAGCCCUAAAAUUCACUCCAUGUCAACUGGUUUUAGUAAUCUGAUUACUUACUAAAGAACAAAAUCGACAGGCUGUGUGUUUCUAGAUAAUCUUGUGGCCAGACAAGUAAAUUCUCCACCUAUGGGCUGACUGAUGAGGUUAAUCCAGCCAUGAACUAGACUGAAAUUUUAAGAAUUAUAACUUUAAAGUUGUAAACCGCUCACCUACAGCACCAUAGUGUGAGGGACUAUUUGUCAGUGGUGUUUUCUUUUUGUUGUUGUUUUUGGGAUGAGCACUUAAUGAAAGAUUGAGGAUCUUUAAAGAAAAAAGAAAAAACUGGGAACGGGGCAAUAACGGUGUUACGCCUGAAUAUAGGAACCUCACCUGAUUUGCAGCUACUGUAUACCUGACAUCACUUGCACUAAAUCAUUGAGGGACGACGAGCAUCCCUUUAGCAUUGCAACUGAGAUUUCUCCUUUAUUAAUUCACAAGCAAUAUUCGAGUAUGGGUCCAAUCUAUAUAUAUAUAUAUAGAUAUACAUAAAUAUAAAUAUAUAUACCCUGCAAAAUAUCUAAAAGAAAACAGUGAAUUCAAGUGUACAAUAGUUAACGAUAAUCAAGUUUCCUACUACGCACAGUAGUUAGCACAAAAAUUUAAAAAACCUAAAUAAAAACAUGCUUACUGUAGGCGGGUUUAGUCGACGGGACGUGAACCCUGAGUUAACGCGCAGAGGUUCUGUAGCAUUUCCAUUAGAUCGAGUUAGAAAAGCACAAUUUGCUCAACAUGGUCGGUCAGUGUACAAUCACUUUUGAUCAUAGAUUGUAAAUAGUAUUUCAAGAUGUCCUAAGUACAUAUCUUUGUGUAUACAUAAGUGUAUAUAAGACGUAUAACCAGAGACUAUUUGUGAGGUAAAGUUAUUCAUAUUUUCUCUAUCUCCAAUAUAGAUUACCUGUAUUUUCAUCCUGUUAGUCCAAAAAGGCUUUUUCCCGCUCUCUCCCCUCCCUGUGUGUAUGUACUGUAUGUCAGAUACUUGACUCGGUUUGUGACUCUUAUAGCUAUUUCAAAGAAAAACGUGCAUCAGGGACUGGCUUUAAAAAAAACAAAAAAAAAAACGAAAUUUGACAGAUUUCACCUUGAAAUAUUCCACGAGUCCUCGCUCAGACAAAGACGAAAAAGACGGAGACUCCGGCGUUGUGUUUGUGGAUUUUGGAAAAACGAAUAUGCAAAGCCAUUUUGACUCUGAAGCACUGUGUUUUUUGUGCACAAGUGAUACUUGACGGUAUGUGCCAACGUGUACCUUAGUGUGUUUGUAACUGUGUUGCCUUAGUAUUAUCAAUUUUGCCAGUAUUGUCUAGUUUUCCUCCGGAGAAAAAAGGGGAGGUUGUGCACUUUAGAGUAUACACAUGACCUAAAUAACGUGCAAUGUCCAAUGGUUGUUCAUAAGUUGAUGUAAAACAAAAAAGAAAAAAGAAAAAA